UUACCACAUUAUAUGUAACCUACACAAAAGAGAACAGCACACAAUCCACUAGACUUUAUUUCAUAAGAUUAUCAACACAUACACCAACAUAGUCUUUUUUGAACCAUUUCUCCCAAGCUCAACAUUUUGCAUUCAAACUAACCGAAACAGCACCUGACUACCACUUUGCAACACAUUACAACAGUCACUUUUGGUUCACCAACAGGCACAAUAUAGACAUUAAUACACUAUAGAAGCAUGAAGAAGUACCAGCUCAUAGGAAGACGAAGGCUAUUCACCUUCAAAAAGCAAAAUACACAAUAUCCACUACUACACUUGUGUUCACUACCAAUAGAAAUCCUCCUACAAAUAUUUAAAGAAUUCGACAAAGAUACCAAAACACUAAUUAUUCUAUCACUAAUAUGUAAGAAGUUCCAUGUAAUCAUAAACAAAAACUUCCUUUAUUCAUCCGUUACAUUCAAGAAACCAUCUACAUUUUACAAAUUCUCAGUGAGACAUUUAUUGCAUGAACCCAGUUCCAACAUCAACUACUUACAGAAAGUUGAAUUGGUGAAUCCUCAAGUUCGGGAUUCGUCCAAGUAUAAGUCUCGGAUUGCGGGCGCAUAUCAUAUCGAGAGCGAGAAUCGAUCGGCGGACCAGUUGAACUAUACUGAUUUCAUAGCAUCGAUUAAAUCAUUGCUAGGAGAAGCAUUCGGAUUGAAAUGUUUGGUGUUGAGUGAAGUAGCUCCGGAGUUCACAUUCCCUAUGGAGCAGCCAGCAUCAUCAACAAGUUCCAUAGGUGGUUUGAGACUAUUAUCUAAGAAGAAAACAAUUCCUCGAGCUAAAAGAUGUUUGGAGAAGUUUGUUCUUCGUACACAGUCGGGUUGGUCUAUUCCUUUCAAGCAAGGUCAUUUAUCCUUAGUAUGUGAGUAUUUUGAUGUGAUUAAGGAGUUACACUUGGUGAACUUUAUCAUCGACGAUAUGAAACCAAUCAACAUUGAUGGUGUGCAAAUUCAAAAACUUAUCAUUGAGUCAUGCAUAUACACUAAUUCUUUCAAGAAAUCUCGCAAACCUCAACCAAAUUCAAUAUUCAAUAAUGUGACCACACUCGAAUUGAAGAGUAUUAUGCACGAUAAUGGAUUGUCCUUGAUUGAUUUGGUCAGAUUGAACAAUACAAGUUUGAAUCAUUUGAUAAUGGACACUUCUUCAAGUAUGUUUUAUACCAACACACCAUCAGGGAAUACCGAAUUUAAUUUCACCAGGUUUAAUCCAUUCUUUAACUUGCUUUGUUCAGGAUAUGGCAAAUUAACCACGUUAACAUUAACUAAUUUUGGAUUAUUCGAUUAUUUCAUCCACGAUGUAGUUCACGAAGAUUCAGAUUCUUGGGUAGAACCACCAACCAACAACUUCGAAACGUUUAUGAAAUAUGUCUCGCAGAUAAAUCGAUUAGUGAUUGUGUUGAGAAAAACUCCCAGUAUGGUGAAAACUUGUAUAAAGUGUGGCUUCACGGAACAACAAUCGGACAAAAACAUUGAUUCGCUAACACCAGGUGAAUGGAAAGUAUUUUUAAAACCACUAGAGUUAAACAGUGACAACUCGUUGAAAAUAUUUAAUUAUCGAAAUAAACUACUUUAUUCAAGUUCAAAAUAUAAUAUAUAGAUACAUAGAGAUUAAUUGAAUAAGCUGG